UUUUUCUCAAUUGAGCAAAAGCCAGUUCUUCAAAUCUUCUAUGAAAUGGGACGUGCUCCAGUGAUACUGAUACCUCCGUAAGCUAAUGAUGGCACCUGGUAGAUAUGGGGCCCACAUGUAUGCAGGUUAUCAUGGCUCGUGGGUGCUUUGAUGAUACUAAGCUUUUCAUCAAUGUUUCACAGGGAGCUAUGCUGGUUAAAAGUUUGGCUGCCAAGGAACCAUCUGCUCUUGCCUUGGAUACUUAUUACAAGCAGUAUUAUCUCUGUUUGGCUGCUGCUGCUGCUACUAUCAAUUGGAUGAUAGUGUUAAAUGGAGAGGAUUGCAAGUUAUUUCAAGUUCACAUGGUAUUCACUUAUUAGGUUGUACGUUUUCUUGGUCAUGGGAG